AUGCUAAGCAAGCUUGUGGGUAGCAAGAAUAAGCCUCGCAAUCAAACCACACUGUUAGCGACUACCGAAGAUGGGGUGAUUGCCUUCGUAGACGCCCAUAAACUGCGAAGGAUACCGGGGCUAGGAUUCAAGAUUGUUCAGGCGCUAGGAACACAUGCUGGAGCUGACAUGAGUAAAGGCAUAUCCGAAAUUCCAGAGUUGAGUGAUAACCCUGUCACCGUUGCCAAUGUCCGUCUCCAUCCCAGUAUCACGCCCGCUACUAUAGAGACUCUCUUAAUGGGACCUGGAGCAGAGAAGGGGGUAGGUGCACGGAUCUGGGGUCUGCUACAUGGAGUUGACGGAACUGAGGUCAAGGAGGCCAGUGACGUGCCAAGUCAGAUUAGUAUCGAGGAUACUUACAAGGGCUUGGAUACCAUGGCGCAGAUUACAGAAGAACUACACAAGCUAUCUUGCUCUCUCGUUCGUAGAAUGAGAGUAGACCUUCUUGCAAUUGAGCCUGGAGCAGACACUCUGGGGACACAAAAAUGGAUUGCUCGACCCAAGACUUUGCGCUUGUCACUCAGGUCUUGGGCAUAUUUGCACGGCGCCCAAGGGCAGGCAUAUGGUCGAGUCUCUCGUUCGGGACCAAUGCCAAACUAUGUGUUUGACGUCAAGGAUGACAUAGAACAUAUCGCAGAAAAGCUCGUUCUUGAUUCUCUGCUACCGUUGUUACGACGAUUAUCGCCAGAGAAAGGACAACGGUGGAACUUGCAGAUGCUCAACCUCUGUGUAGCUAAUAUGGUAGUUGGUGCAGCGGAUGACAAAACGGGAGCAGGCAGGGAUAUUUCUGUCAUGUUUAAACGUCAAGAUGAAGUACUGAAGCCUUUUCAGAUAAAAGAAGAACAAGACGUUGGACAGGUUGGCGACCAUGAACAUCCUGUGUCAGAAGGCGAGGAUGAGGAUGGCGAAGACAAUGACGAUGAUUGGGAUAUGGGGGACAAUGUAUCAUGCCCUCUUUGCGGAAAUUCUAUUCCGAUGUUCGCUGUACCGGCGCACCAAAGAUACCAUGAAAUGGAAGGAUGUUGA